UCGAUUCAAUUCCAGCAUUUGUCUUCAUUACCCUGUUAUGCUUAAAUUGGUUUCGACAUGAAUUCUUACUCGGUUUCGACAUGAAUGCUUACUCGGUUUCGUGCGUAGAUUCGUUUGAUGGAUGGUUUCAUGGAUGCCCAUCGAGCCUCCGUGGAGCAUAAUGAAAUAUAUGCCGCGCUCUCAUCAAAACUGAAAAGCUCACGUACCGACGGCUCGGUUCCGACUCUGGAUCGUUUGACUUAUUCGUCCCGCUCGAUUACUGAGCAACGUCUUCAGUUUGUGAAACGUGAAGAGAAUGUGAUGUUAGAGGAGCUGAAGAAGAAGUGCAUUAUCCUGAACCCAGAUUUCAAGAAGACGUCGGCAGUGCCUCAGAGUUUCCCUAAGUCUCCCCACUAUGCCUUCAGUGGAUCUCCCGUUUGCGAAGCAAAGCCUUCGGCAAAUGCUUUGUUUUCGACUCCACCGAAAGCCGCGGUAAACAACCAGAAUGAUGAGAUGAAUGGUGGUAAUAUGUGUGCUCCGAAAGUGGUGUUGUACGAGCCCAGCAAAGUGAAAUUGACUUGGGAGCAAAUGUACCCGGUCGGUGCUGGUCUGGUUAAUCCAGGGCUGACAUGUUACCUGAACUCUUCUCUUCAGGUUCUCAUGCAUUGUCCACCAUUUGUCAACUGGAUUCUCUCUGAUCCACAUUGUUCUGCCAAUGAUCGUCGCUGCAAUUGUCUGUUGUGUGCUAUGGCAAACACUGUUCGGCAGAGUCACGUGAAUUCGGGCUCCCAGUUCCUUCCUCAGUUGAUUCUUCAGCGAUUACGCAUGAUAUCGAAGACUCUGAGGCAUGACAAGCAAGAGGACGCGCAUGAAUUUAUGAGAAGCCUGUUAUCAACUUUGCAAUUAACUUACCUAAAAUUCAGAGGAGCGUCUAAGUUGGACGUGCGGAGCCAAGAAACUACGCCGAUAGAUCAGAUUUUCGGAGGCUACAUCAGGUCACAAGUGAUCUGUCAGAAGUGUAACCGAAAAUCCAACACUUUCGAUCACUUUCAAGACCUGAUCUUGGACUUGAGGGGUUCAAAUACGCUGGACGAAGCUCUCGCGUCGUAUUUCAAGAAGGAAACGCUGUUCUCUAGCUCGGGAUACAAGUGUGUGAGAUGCCGGACAGUUGUGCAAGCAUCGAAGAAAUUUUCUAUUGAGAAGCCUCCGAAUGUGCUCAUCAUCCAAUUGAAAAGAUUUGAAAGUGUGUUUCGCAAGCUCAGUCGGGUGAUUUCGUUUGGAAGAUUUUUGGAUUUGAAACCGUAUUCCAGUUGGGUUGAUGAUAGUCAUUCCGUGGAAACCCUAGGCAAUUCAAUGAAAUAUGCAUUGAAUGGGAUCGUUGUUCACAACGGCCACUCUUUGUCCUGUGGGCAUUAUUACGCCGUUGCGAAGGCUAGUGAUGGGAUUUUCUACAACUUCAAUGACAGCUCUGUGCAUCGAACUUCGUUCGAGUACAUGCGAAAUUGUGCGGCCUACCUACUUUUCUACAUUCGAACGGACUCUGUGCCCUUCAGCCUGCCGAACAUGGUGAAACAGACCUUCCAGCCUCAGAUUUGCGGUCCAAGUGCCUCCCCGUCCUCUAGCGCUCCGUCUAAUUACCACGGGUCUCCGUCGAUUCGCAAUUCACCCAGCACUUCUAUUGUUAAAACUGUUUACCCGAAGCCGAUUGGGCCAAAUUUGCCGGAGGGCUUCAAAGUGCGUAGCGACGCAUCCGUUAAUUUGCUUGGACUUGGUAAAAAAUCCAAUGAAUCUUCGAGACUGAGCGCCGGCGAAAGUCCGGCUGUCAAAACCGCUAUUGUUCCUUAUGACGAUGACGAAGAGGAAGAUGAUCCGGCUGACAAAAAUGAGUUGUGUCCCCCAAAAGCAGCUGCGAACGUUGCUCCUGCAACGCCGACGCCUGCUUUGGAUGUUCGCGAAUCUUCACCGAAGACUCCUGUUGUUCUGACACCGAAGACUCCUGUUGUUCUGACACCGAAAACUCCAAUUGUUGCCGCCACGAUUGGGAUGAGUGUGAUUCUCUCUACUCAUAAAGCACCGUGGAGUGUGGAUGAUGACACUCAGCAGACGAACCGAUCCGAUACUAGUUUGGACAGUGUUGCUUCGACAAGUGGCAAAUGGAAAGUUGUGGGUCCUUUCCCUGCUGCUCAUCCCAAAUCUGAUUACUCCGAGAAAUGUCAGAAAAGAAAGACUGAAAACUCGAAGGACGUAUUCUUGUCAUCAUCCAAAAAGGCGAAACACAAGGAUGAGCCACAGACUGAUGAGGACGCCUUGCAGUCGCCCAAGAAAAAACCGCAAGGUUUUGAGUCGGAAUCCCUAGCUGAGAGGAAAGUUGAGAAAGACCAGUCCCGGGGGAAGAGUGAAUGCAGUCAACUCUUCAAGAAAAGCACGAAAGAUUCCGAGUCGCCGAAAAUUGAUAGCGUACUGUUGAAGAAAUCGAAAAAUCACGAAGACGCUGAUCAAGUUGCGUGCGGUGGUGCUGAAAAUUCCUCUCUUCAUGGUUUCGGACAACAAGUGCUUUCGUGGAAUGGUGGACCAAAUAGUUUGGAUAACGAAUUGGCCAGGGAAAGGUUCAGGACGGAAGAACGUCGACAAGCAGAUCGAGAAUGGGAUGACGAAUUUGACCGUGGAAAAGAAAAGAAGAAGAAGAAGGCUUGGUCGGACUUCAAAGUUUAUCGCAAUGGCGGGAAUGUGUUCGACGAUUUUCAGCGCCAGAAACGUGAAAGAGGAUCAGACCGAUACAGCGGUUACUCCAAGUAUACUCCUCACAAGCGGAAGCGAAGCCAUGGUUGGGGGUAUCGAGAUGACUCUAGGAAAACGCGAUGAGAUCCGCGUUGUUAUUUCAGUUCAUUUUUUGGAUAUUUUGCGAUGAAGAACUGCCGAAAAGACCCCCUUUUUUGUUCUCAAUGUAUCUACGGGUGUUUUGCGGGUUGCUUGUUGUGUGGCAAAAGGAUAAGUGACCGGAUGCCGACUCGUGCAGACUGGGUUGUCAAGUGCUGUAGGUCUUGCGUGGAUCGGGUUUGAGCGGACAUCGUGGUUUCGUUCAUGAUUCCUUCAUACGCAAAAUGCACUGCUAUGCGUUUUUUUUCCAUCUUUUUCUGGGGAUAUAAUCGGAUUAUUUCAUCUGUCUUCUAUCCAGAAAUGCAAGCUGGCAAACAAAAAAAACCUUCGUUUGAGUGAAGA